AUGAAUAAAAAUUAUUCACUUGGUCAUAAGUGUGUAUUAAACAAAAAAGUGGCAAGCUAUUUACAUUUAGAUAAUUAUAUUAUAAAUAAGAAAGUAAAUAAAUACUUUACUUUUUAUUCACCUCGUGCAGUUAUUUCGAGUUCAUCAAAAAGGAGUGUAUAUGUAAGGAAAAAGGUUAAUGUAGUUUUAUUUUAUAAAAAAGAAGAAUAUGGCAAGUUAACAAACUUAUAUAAAAGAUAUUUUUGUUCCCGAAAUAUUUUUAAAAAGAUACAAAAUAAUUCUUUUGAUAUGAAUAAGAAUAUGGAAGAAAUACAUGUUAAAGAAAAAAUAGAUGAUCUUAGAAAUAUAUAUUUUAUAAAAGACGAUAUGAAGAAAUAUAUAAAAAAUGAUCUUACUUGUAGAAACAAUGAUCACGUUAAUGAUAACCUGACGAGGCAAUUAUGUGAUAAUCUUAAAAAUAAGAUGUACCAAAUAAAUGAGCCUCAUUUUAUGAAUCAUAGUAAAGACUUAUAUAAUAAUAAUUAUAGUAUUCAUUAUAAUAACAAUUUAAAUGUAAAAAAUAUUUGUAGUAACAUAAAUAAUGUAGAGACCUUAUUAUUAUGUGAGGAAAAAGAAAAAACAUAUAAUUUUAAUAAUGAUUUUAUUGCGAAUGAUAGAAUAUCUAAAAAAGAUAUCAUUAUAGAUGAUAUAAUUAGUAAAGAAAAAUAUAAAAAAAAUAAAAUAAAAUUAUUUUACAAAGUUAUAUUAUUAUAUUUAAAUAAUUAUCUGGAAUUGUCAAAACAUAAAUUAACAUUAUGGGUUACAUUAAGUAGUUCCUUUGGUUAUUUUAUGUUAGGUGGUUCUUCAUUUAUUGAUAUAAGUGGAUUAUUAGUAGGAGUAUAUUUAUGUAGUAGUAGUGCAAAUACAUUUAAUCAGAUUAUUGAAAGAAAUAUAGAUAAAUUGAUGAAGCGAACACAAAAAAGACCCUUAGCAAUUAAUAAUCCAAGUAUAUCAGUUAAACAUGCUGAAAUAUUUGCAUUCAUAUCAGCAUUAAAUGGUAGUCUCAUCUUAUAUUUUCUUAAUAAUCCUUUAACUUCCUUUCUAGGAAUUUUUAAUAUUUUCUUAUAUACAUGUAUAUAUACACCAUUAAAACGUAAAACACCAUAUAAUACACAUGUAGGAUCAAUUGUAGGAUCCAUACCAACAUUAAUGGGAUGUGCAGCUAUUGAACAGAAUUUAUUUUUUCCAGAGCCUUGGAUUUUAUUUAUUACACAAUUUUUAUGGCAAUUCCCACAUUUUUAUUCACUUGCAUAUUUAUAUAAAGAUGAUUAUAUAAAAGGGAAUUACAAAAUGUUUCCUCUUCAAGAUAAAAAUGGUUUAUAUACAGCCAAAUUAUGUAAACCUUAUUUAAUAACUUUAUCAUCUCUUCCAUUUAUUUUCUUUUUUUGUGGAUAUACAUCUUAUAUGUAUAUAUUAACAUCCAUAUUACCCAAUCUUUUUAUUUUCUACAAAUUCCAAAAAAUUAUUCAAAAACCAUCAAGAACAAACAUACGUUCUUUUUUUAAACACUCCCUUUGGCACAUCAUGUUAUUAUUAGCCUUAACAACAUAUCACACGCAAAUACAAGACAAAAAUAAAAAUAAACAGACCAUACCAAUAAAUAUAAAUUUAAAUCAAGAACUUAACCAACCUGUGAAUGCACAUAAAGACAGCAACACAGAAUAUAGUAUAACAAAAUUUAAAAAAAAACUUAUGAAAUAUUGUAUAGUAUUUUCUUAA